AUUGUCAAUCCUUGCUAUUUAUGGUGAUCAAAUCAAUUCUAAAAAAUAUUCGUAGCAACAAAGCCUGUCCUUAAUUUACUCUUUUAUAUUGCCUUUUUGUCUCCAUUUACAUUUCCAUAUUAGAUUGUGUAUAAAAUUUAAACUUAUCAUAGGAUGAUGGAGAAACAGAAAAAGAAUAAUAUGUUGUAGGAAUUAUUUUGAUUGUAUUCAGUGAAAUUACCAUAGCAGGGUCUAUGUGUUAUAAUCUUAAUUUAAGAAAGCCCAUUUAAUGGACACUAUUUAGCUUAAAACUUAUUGGAAUGGCAUUAAUGUAUAACAAGAAUCCUCACUAAAUAAUACUUUUUUUUGGUUGCAUUCUAUCUUAGUUUGUUUAUCAAAAUUAAAUUACAGGGCAUCAAGAACCUAAUGAAAUCUAAUAAACUUAUAAUUAAGUUAACAAUAUUAUCUAAUAGUUCCUAGAUUCAUAAAACAAAUGGUCAAAAUAGAUGAGAAUUAGAUUACAAUUUAUCUAAGGAAUUCAAACAACUAAAUAAUUAACUAUCAAAGAAUAAUUUUAAAUAGAAAAAAUAUUAACUUAUAGUAUUAAUUCUGAAAUGUGGAAAAAUAAAUUCAAUAAGUAUAUUCUCUUAUUAUAAGCAAUUUAUAAAGAAUAGUUUCUUCGAUAUUAAAUUGUAAAUUAAAGAUUAAAGAAUAAUUUUCAAAUAUUAGUAAGUAGAUUAAACUCAUAUGUAAAAAAAUUGGAUGAUGAAUUUUAUCUAUGUUCAUAAAUAUAAUCACUUACAUUUAAAGACAAGAAUUAAUUUAAUCAAAAUAGCUUAAAUCAUCUCGACACUUUAAGAAAUUCUUAGUCUAAAAUUAUUGAAUGGCUUAACAAUGAAGAAAGUAAUCUUAAUGAAACUAUUACUUUAUUAUUAAAAGAAAGUGAAUUAUUAAAAGAGUAAUUAAAUGACAAAGAAUAAUAAUUUUUAUCAAAUUCAGUUAAUUAAUUUGCUAAUCUAUUGAUGUCAUUAAAUUUUGAUAAAUAAUAAUUGACUUAUAAUAUUAUAUAAUAAUAAUCAGACUUAAGAUAGUUAAAACAUAAAUAUAUUAGAAGAUUGAAUAAAAUUAAAUAAUUUUAAUAAAUAGGUUAAUAUGGAGAUUGUAAAGAAAUUGAAUUUAAUUAAAUAUAAUAUCUUGAAUGUCAUUUUAAAGAGAGAAUAAAAGAAUUAUAUUAAGAAAUUCAAAGUUCAAUAUUGGAUAAAUAAAUAAAUGAGAUUGUAAAUGAAAUAUUAUAAAUAUUUAAAGAGAAAUAACGAUUAGAAGAUGAAAAUAUAAGUUUAAAAGGACUUUUAACUUAAACUGAAAGUUAAAUAAUGUUUGAAGAGAGUUAAAGAUUAUUAACUAAAAAUGAUGAAUCAUUUGCUUAAUCUAAAAUAUGUACUCACAGAUGA